UCGUAAUCUCCGACCCACGCAUGCGCUUCCUCGAAUCCCUCCGAAAUCGCGACACCCCGCCCUCCUGCAACCCCGAACCUACCGGCGCCGUGACAUAGGUAUCAUCGACUGCCGCCCAGCAUGUUUUGGAGAUUUGGCACGCUCGCCAGUGUCUCCACCAUCGACAAUAUCCUUGAGCGGGAUGAUUUCCAACUCGAGGAGCUGCUCGACGAAAGCGACUUGCUUCAGGAGCUUAAGCAGCACAACGCGAAGCUCGUUGAAUACCUCCGUGACCCCAAAGUGCUUGAACAACUCCUCAAGUAUGUAGUCGCCCCGAAGCUGGCGCCUAUCGCUGCAGCCGACGACGACGAGGACGACGAGGUGAACGAGAAAGGCAGAGGCUUGGCGCUGCCGUUCACCAGGUCGCGGAGCAGCUCGAUGGCGACCGAUCCUGGAGGUCAGGAUGAUAGCGAGAAGAAGCGUAAUCGGUAUGCCUUCGUUGCGGCUGAGGUUCUCUCCUCCGACAAUUGGUCCAUGUACGAAGCCCUGAUGGAGAACAAGCUGCUUCUGCGCAACUUCUGGGACUUCUUGAAGCGUCCAGCCCCGCUCGACCCUCUGCAAGCCAGUUAUUUUACAAAAGUCAACGAGUCUCUCUUUGACAAGAAGACGGAAGAAAUGCUGCUUUUCCUCAAGUCUCUGGAGGGCGCCGUGGCCGACAUACUGAAACACGUGGAUUGCCCAAUGAUCAUGGACCUUCUGCUCAAGAUCAUAAGCCUUGAACGCACCGACGCUGGGCAGGGCAUAGUUGAGUGGCUUUACACCCAAGAUGUCAUGCCGACCCUGGUUUCCUUCCUUGGGCCUUCGCACAACUGGUCAACGCAGACAUCCGCGGCGGACUUUAUCAAGGCUAUCAUCACAGUUUCGGCUAACGCGUCACAGAACGAGCAGACUUGCAUAGGGCCAAACGAGCUGACACGGCAGUUGGUUUCGAAACCUUGCGUUGAGCAGCUCAUCAAGUUCAUGCUCGGGGGUGGCAAUUCGUUGACGUGCGGUGUGGGCAUCGUGAUUGAGGUCAUCAGGAAGAACAAUUCCGACUACGACCCGGAAGGCGUUGACCCGACCGCCUCCCCCUCAAGCCGCGAUCCUAUUUACCUCGGGACCCUGCUCCGCCUCUUUGCUCAGCACGUCCCGGACUUCAUGAACCUGAUCAUGAACGCGCCUGCCCAAAAAGAACGUUUGGAUUCAACCUUUGGAGAAAAGAUUGAGCCGCUGGGUUUUGACCGGUUCAAGACGUGCGAGCUUAUGGCCGAACUCUUGCAUUGCAGCAACAUGGCACUGCUCAAUGAGGUUGGCGCCGAGGACUUUAUCGCUGCUCGCGAUACUCAACGGCAGCGUCUGAGAACCGAGGGCCGACUGCUGCCAGUUAGUGUCCACGAGGAGGCACCCUCUUCCACAGAAGACCUUACUAUGCGAAUUUCUAACCUGUCUACCGCGGACGAGGGGCGGAAGCUCGAGGUUAUGAACAUCUCGGCAGAUGACGAUGGGUUUGAAAAAGUUUCCUGCGCUGCAGAUGAAGAAAACUCGCAUGGAGUUUUAGAGCUACCCGAUCCUCCCGCUCCCCUGCCAGCAUCAUCGCUCCUCGACAAGGAGGAUGAGGAUUUCGUCGACGAACCGCUGAGCUCGCCAAGACUCAAUGUCCGAGAAGUUGAGGAGCGAAGUAUUCAUGAGCACGGGCCCGAGGUCGCCGACUUGGCAGUAGAUAUUAUUCCCUCGCGUACCAAAGACGACAAGCCACGAACCGAGAAUGAUACAACUGGGAAUGGAAAGCCGGCUGAACAAACGAUCCAGAGUUCAGAAAAAGACAAACCGCAGGACACACUGGAAGAAUUGACUCUGAGCUUAGCAAGUGUGCAGGCCCGACCAGAGAAUUCCGAGCAACGACAGUCACAAUCCGAAUCCAGGUCUGAGCUAAGCACCAGUGCACCGGUUGGCGAUUCCACUUUCGCCUCUGCUCCCGCCGAACCUGAGUCGCCAAAAGGGGAUCAACACCUAGCAACACCUUUUGGGGACAAGGCGCCGUCGUUCGAGGAGCUCUCCCCUCAUCCCGAGGAUACUCCCGCGCCCCUAUUCUCGGGAAAGAAUGCCACAACAGUAUCCUCGGCUGUGUCUGGGGAAACCGCGGAGGUCGAUGCGAUAUCACCCGGGGAGCGAUCUACUCUUCCCAAAGGCACUGAGGCAUCGUUGCAAUCGUCGGAACCGGACGCAGAGCAGGUGCAACCAGGCGCCACGGGAGUACCGGCUACCGAUGAGACAGGGGACGCUUCCAUCGUUAUCGCUCAUAUCGACGACGUCACAGGUUCUACAGGCGACGCUGCGCCCAUCCCAAAACCCGUCGUGGGAGAUUACUUGAAGAUGCAGUUUGUUGAGCAUCGCGUUGUGCCUACCAUCCUCGCCUUCUUUUUUAAAUAUCCGUGGAAUAACUUCCUGCACAACGUCGUCUACGAUAUCGUUCAACAGGUUUUCAACGGCCCAAUGGAUCGCGGCUACAACCCGAUCCUUGCUAUUAGUCUCUUUGAGGCUGCAGAUAUCACCAACCAGAUCAUCAACGGUCAAUUGGCUAGCGAGAAGUCUCAGGCCGAGAAAAAGACGCGCCAAGGAUAUAUGGGCCACCUAACUCUAAUCGCCGAAGAGGUCGUCAAGUUCACCGAGCGCCAUCCUCCUGAAAUCCUUGGCGAGGUGGUGCUGGAAAAGGUGAUGGCGCAAGAGUGGAGCAAUUAUGUGGACGGUGCCCUUGCCGAAACCCGCGAGCGAGAUAACGCCAUCCUCGGUGGUGUGCGGCCAGAAGUUGCGAUGAGCAACCGUGCCAACGUGGCCGGUCUUAUGGGCGCUGGUAUCUUCGGACCGAGCUCCAUCGGCCUUGGGAGUGGAGGAAACUCGAGCGCUCUCGCUGAUGCUGGGCUGAAUGGAGGUUCAAACCUGACUGAGGGCCCUGGCGGCAGUGGACCUGGCUCGUUCGGGCUCAGUAGCGGGACACUUCUGAGCGGCUUCGGAAGUUCCAGCGACGAAGAUGACGACGAGGAACAGGAGAGUGAGGAGGAUGUCGCUAAUGAGGUUUGUGGCCAACAUUCCUUUGAUUAUGAUGGAUGGGACUCAGAGGAGGACGAGAUCUGGUUUCCACGCUACGGCUCCGUCAAUGUCGCCUGAAGCGACGCGACGUUGACGGGCCAAUUCCGGUAGCGGAUCAAGCUUCCAUCUCAGAAGCACGCUCGGCCAAGGGCCAAGGGCCUAGAAGUCCCCACCACUCACUUUCCCUAGACAGCAUGUCCCCGUUUGAUUGCCAAGCGAGUACCUUUCGUAGCCUCGGCUUCUCGAUAGCCUUGAGCUGCCUAGGUCUUCAGAAUCCGCCCUUCGCGUCGGUGUUGGAGUGGGGAUGCUUCUUCAAGGUGUUUCACGCCAACGAAGAGGGAUUU